ACAACCGUAGCCUGCAAACCAUCAAAUCCUUACUUGACCACUGCUACGUCUGAUAUACUUCAGAACACCGCCACUUCUCGAGAGCUUACCUGGGGAAGCUUUGCACCACCGUCCAGCACUUUACAAUGGCCGCUUUGACAAUAGAUGAGCUGGAUCUACAUGUUCGCAUGUUUUAUGAAGGAACAGGCGCAGAUAGAAAAAAUGCACAACUUGUUCUCAAUCAGUUCAGCGAGAGUCCAGACUCAUGGACUAUGGUGGAUAAGAUGUUGGAAUCGGCAAAUUACCCUGAGACAAAAUUCCUUGGGCUACGGGUACUAGACCAGGUCAUCCAGACGCGAUGGAAAGUGUUGCCAAAAGAGCAGAGACAGGGUAUCCGGAAUUUUGUCGUCGGGUUUAUCAUCCAAGAGUCGUCCACUCCCGAGAAUCUACACCAGAAGAGAAUAUUGAUCAACAAAUUGAAUCUGGUUCUGGUGUCAAUACUGAAGCAGGAUUGGCCUCAUGACUGGCCCGAUUUUAUUAAUGAGAUUAUUAGCUCGUGUCGGAGCAACCUCUCUAUCUGCGAAAAUAAUAUGGCUAUUCUGAGACUUCUUUCAGAAGAGGUGUUCGAUUUUUCGGCAGAGCAAAUGACUCAAUCUAAGACUAAGAAUCUUAAAACAACUAUGUGCCAGGAGUUCUCCUCAAUUUUCCAGCUCUGUUCGGAGGUUUUACAGAUGGCGGAACAACCAAGCCUCGUGAAAGCGACCUUGGAAACUCUGCUUCGUUUUCUUAACUGGAUUCCUCUAGGCUAUAUCUUCGAGACGCCUAUUAUCGAGACUCUACGCACUCGCUUCUUGGAACAGCCUGACUUCCGCAAUGUGACAAUGAAGUGUUUAACUGAGAUCGGUGGUCUUCAGGUUAAUCAAUUUCAGUAUGACGAAAAACUGGUUGAGAUGUUCACGAACGUCAUGACAACGGUUUCUAAGAUUGUUCCUUUAUCAACCGAUCUCCGUUUUGUUUACCCAUCCAGCAAUACAAGAGAUCAGGAAUUCAUCCAAAAUUUGGCCCUUUUCAUCUGCAAUUUUUUCACUCCCCACCUCAAGCUUAUUGAGAAUCUAUCGAAUAAAGAUUAUCUUACCCAUUCGCAUUUUUAUCUUAUCCGGAUAUCACAAAUUGAGGACCGCGAGAUCUUCAAAAUCUGCCUUGAAUACUGGAAUAAACUUGUGCAAGAGCUCUAUGAAGAGAUGCAUGGAGGGGGUGCUGUUCACCCUAAUCAUCAUGCUAAUUUUCCACUAAGGAAGCAUAUAUAUGCCGAAGUUUUGUCAAACUUAAGACAGGUCAUGAUCGAGAGGAUGGUUAGGCCUGAAGAGGUUCUAAUCGUGGAGAAUGAUGAGGGGGAGAUCGUUCGUGAAUUUGUCAAGGAGAGUGACACUAUACAGCUCUACAAAGCUACCAGGGAGUGCCUGGUCUACCUUACGCAUUUGGAUGUUGUCGACACAGAAAACAUCAUGUCGGAGAAACUUGCUAAGCAGGUUGAUGGCUCUGAAUGGUCAUGGGCUAAUUGCAAUACCCUAUGUUGGGCUAUCGGGUCGAUAUCUGGCGCGAUGAACGAAGAAACGGAGAAGAGGUUUCUGGUUACAGUGAUUAAGGAUUUGCUUGGUCUCACUGAAAUGAAGAGAGGGAAGGAUAACAAGGCCGUUGUUGCUUCCAAUAUUAUGUACAUCGUGGGCCAAUACCCUCGAUUCUUGAAGGCUCAUUGGAAAUUCCUAAAAACUGUUGUCAAUAAACUUUUUGAGUUUAUGCAUGAGACGCACGAAGGUGUCCAGGACAUGGCAUGUGAUACCUUUAUCAAAAUUGCUCAAAAAUGCAGGCGCCACUUUGUUGCCUUGCAGCCAGGAGAGUCGGAGCCAUUUAUCGAUGAAAUAGUACGGACAAUGCAGGCAAUUACUCGAGACCUCUCACCGCAGCAGGUUCAUACCUUCUAUGAGGCGUGUGGCUACAUGAUUAGUGCGCAAGGCCAGACGGGAAUACAAGAGCGCUUGAUUCAAGAUUUGAUGGCACUUCCCAACCAGGCUUGGGAUGCUAUUAUUCAAGAAGCCACCUCGAAUCUCAGUAUCCUGGAUAACAAUGAGACAGUCAAGGUUAUUGGUAACAUCAUGAAGACCAAUGUAUCGGCUUGCACCUCAAUUGGAAGUUACUUCUAUCCUCAAAUUGCCCGCAUUUUUAUGGAUAUGCUGUCGAUGUAUCGAUUUGUUAGCGGGAUGGUCUCUGAGGGGGUAGCACGAGAGGGCCCUGUGGCGCCAAAGAUGCCUCGUAUUCGUGGCUUGCGUACGGUGAAGAAAGAGAUUCUAAAACUUAUCGAUACCUAUGUCCAGAAGGCAGAUAAUUUGGAAGCGGUGAACAACAACAUGGUUCCACCUCUCUUGGAUGCUGUACUUGUUGACUAUAAUCGCAACGUUCCAGAUGCCCGUGAUGCCGAAGUUUUGAAUGUUAUGUCGACGAUCAUUAGCAAGCUACAUGGCCUAAUGGAGGACAAAAUCCCAAUCAUCAUGGAGAAUGUUUUCGAAUGUACCUUGGGAAUGAUCAACAAGGACUUUUCGGAAUAUCCGGAGCAUAGAGUGGAGUUUUUUAAAUUGCUUCGCGCAAUCAAUCUGAACUGCUUUAAUGCCUUGCUCAAACUUGAUAAUCGCCAAUUCAAGUUUGUCAUUGACGCGUGUCUUUGGGCUAGUAAGCACGAUAACCGCGAGGUCGAGGCUGCCGGCUUAAAUAUGUGCAUCGAAUUGAUCAACAACAUCGCCGAUACAAAUCCAGAGACCUCCAGCGCAUUUUUCCAGCAGUUCUUCAUUCCCAUACUACAAGACAUUUUCUUUGUUCUCACAGAUACUGACCAUAAAGCCGGAUUCAAGCUUCAGGCGUUGCUUUUGUCUAGGAUGUUCUACUUUGUGGACUCCGGCAAAGUUCACGCCCCUCUUUACACACCUGGCCAAGCCCCGGCUGGCACGUCGAACUCGGAAUUCCUUAGAGAAUAUGUUGCUGGACUUCUUCGCACGGCCUUUUCUCAUCUUCAGCCGGUCCAAAUCAAGACAUUUGUGGAUGGCUUGUUCGCUUUGAACAAUGACCUCCCUAAGUUCAAACUUAAUCUUCGUGAUUUCUUGAUUCAGCUGAAGGAGUUUUCUACGAGUGAUAAUACCUACCUCUUCGCUGAAGACCGGGAAAUCGCAGCUGAGGAAGCUAGGAAGGCCGAAAGAGAGAAAGCAGCAAAGGUUGGUGGGUUAAUAAAGCCAAGUGAAAUGGAUGAUCAUGAUGUUGAGCUGUGACUCACGGGGGGGGGAAACGAUCUUCCACUGUCUGAUCCUGGCCGAGUUGUCUUUCAUCCUGCUAGUAGUACCAGUAAUUGGGCUGAGGGGUGGUGGUGGGAGUGAGUACAAUUAGACAGUGCAAUUUCUCGCCAUUCCUAUAUCUAGUUUUCAA